GUUUGUAUGUCUGCUAUCUGCUGUGGGUAGUGGUGGAGUGGAGUGUUUGGAUUGAAAACAGACCUAACCGGCUUAUCUUGCUACUUUGGGUUGUUUUUGACAAUUGUCAUCCAAGAAUGCUGGUACAGUUUCGUCACACGAGAGUGUUGAAAAAUGGUCACUCGCUGAUGUUAUGUGUAAACUCACUAUUCAAGUGCAGAAGUGCUGUCCAGUACAGUGUACUGGCUGGAAUGGAGGGCGGCAAGGAAAACAUUGAAGGGAUAGAUAUUAGUUAUAUUCGUAAAGGAUCUGGACCCCACCCUGUACUGUGUCUUCCUGGUGCGCUGGGUUCUGCCUGGACUGACUUCAAACCACAAUUGGAAAAGUUGGACGAUAAGGAGUUCACACUCAUCGCAUGGGAUCCUCCUGGAUAUGGUCAUAGCCGUCCGCCUAAUCGGGACUUUUCUGGCAAGUUUCUCCACAGAGAUGCCGAUUUUGCACUAAAGCUUAUGAAGGCUCUGAAAGUACCAAAAUUUUCUAUGCUUGGAUGGAGUGAUGGUGGGAUAACAGCAAUGAUUCUAGCUUCAAAAUAUCCAAUGCAUAUUAAGAAGUGUGCUGUUUGGGGUGCAAAUGCUUACAUUACGGAUGAAGAAAUUAAAUUAUACAGAAAAAUGCGUGACAUUGAUACCUGGUCAGAAAAAAUGAAAGCACCAUUAAUUGAGUUAUAUGGCCUGGAAUACUUCAAAACAACAUGGGAAAAUUGGGUUGAUGCUUUUGAUAAAAUUUACAAAUUAGAUAGUGCUGAUAUUUGUAAAAGAGAAGUGAAGCUAGUACAAUGCCCCCUUCUUGUGCUUCAUGGUGAUAAGGAUCCUAUGGUGUCCAAUGAACACCCCAAAUAUAUUUUAAGUGAAGUUCAUAAUUGUAGAACAUACAACUUUCCAUUUGGGAAACAUAACAUACAUUUACGUUACCCAGAGGAGUUCAAUAAAGUGGUAUCAGAAUUUUUAUUGACGUAUGUACCAGGUGGUUCGUAUCGUCGAAUUCAAGGUGAGCCAUCAUAAAAAAGAGAAUUGCUCUUCAUGUUAAUAAGAUUUAGUGCUACCCACACUUUGUAAUCUUUCCGUGUUAAAGAACACCAUGUUAGUGAUUCUAAUUUUUCUGGCAUUGCUGAUAAUGUUGCAAAAAUAAUAUAUUUAUGAUUGAUCAGAUCAAUAACAUUAGAUCAAUUAUUUGUAGCUUGAUAUGUAGCUGAAAUGUUACUUCCCAAGUUCUAUGAUUUGUAAGAACAAGAUACUCUGCGUAUUUCUGUACUGUACCUACUUCAAACAUCUGCAAAACUGCAGUGUCUAAAUACCUUGUGCUGAUGUUUUGGGGGAAAGAGAACUCAACUCAGUCCAGCCCAGUGAGGGUAAAAUAAGCAGAGACCCUGGUACUGGCAAGUGCACAUGUUUGUUUGCAAUCUGUGAUAGUAGUGAUUUUUUAUUGCAACAUUUUCUACUUUCCCCUGUCAAGGAACCUUUACUGUAAAAAUUUCAUUGCGUUUUUUUAAGGAAUGUUUAACAAUCCUACAAUAUCAAUUAUAAUCAAUCAUUGCAAUAAAUACAACUUAAUGUAUUUGUAUUUGAAAUUUGAAAGCACUUGUAUUAUUACAUAAUUUAUCAAAGUUUUAUAGAUAUCAUGUUAAGAUUUAAAUAAUGUAUCAUUUUGGUGCGUUGAUUUUAAUUACAGUAUGAUUUUUUUUUUUUUCAUUUAAUAAGCUACCUCAUUGGGUUUAUCUGAUCAAUAACGUUGGUAUUUGAGUUGGAAAUAAAUGAAACUACUAUUCUGUAAACUUUA